AUUGCAAAUAUACCCAAGGCUUGGAUGGAUUGACUUGUCCAACUGUCAUAAAUUGAGUGAAAAUAUGGGGAAUGAUCUGCAAACUCGUUUAUUGAGUGAGGGACAUCCUGAGGACCAUAAAUUUGUUUACAUGUGUCCAGGAAAUAAGAUUCCAAAUUGGUUCAUCCAUUGUAAAGAGGUUUUAAAUAGUAAUUCAUUUGAAAUAGAUAUUGAUGAGCUUGCAGAUUUGGAUGGGGAGAUCAUAAGAAUUGCUUUCUGUGUUGUUAUUGGAACAAAGGCAAGACAAGAUGAAGAUACUUCUACUAAAAUGACAGAGAGUGAACAACAUGAAGAUGAAGACAGUUUUUCUAAAAUCACAGAGGGUGGACAAGAUGAAGAUGAAGAUGAAGAUACUUUUUCUGAAAUAACAGAGACUGGACAAGAUGAAGAUGAAGAUAUUUUUUAUGAAACAACAGAGGGUGGACAAGAUGAAGAAGAUACUUUUUAUGAAAUAACAGAGGGUGGACAAGAUGAAGAUACUUUUUAUCAAACAACAGAGAGUGGGCAAGAUGAAGAUGAAGAUACUUUUGCAAUUGUCUUUGAAGUCAUCAAUGGUGGUGUAAAAAUCUAUUCUUUCGUGGAGGAUGACAUCCCUGGUCAAUUUCACUCAGAUCAUGUAUGGUUGCAUUACAAUGUUCCAGAAUCUUUUAAGCUAAAGGGGGAUAAUCUUCAAGUAAAAUUUAAGCUAAGGUCAAUGUCGCUGUCCUUUAAAAGUUGUGGAUUCCAUUUGGAAUAAAGGAUUGAAGAGAAAGGGCUAGAUUGAAUUGAUGGUGUUGAAUUUUCUAAGAGACCAUGAUGAUGAUUAUGGCAACUUGGAAUCCAAUUGGUAUCCCCAUAAUGCUGGUUAAUUUUGUUUUGGGUUCAUUGUUGAAUGUGGUGGCUACAUGGGUCUGUUUUAACAGAUGCUCUAGCAUUUGCUUAAUAAUGCUUCCCCUGCAGACAUAUAAUACAGAGUUUAUGGUACUAUUUUGAUUCAUUCUUAGUUGAGCUUGAAAUGACUUUCCUGUUUUGAAAUGAAGUAAUCUAAAAUCAUGAAUAACCUUUGGUUUCUAUGAAAUAAAAAUCUAAGAAUCUCUUCUUUUAGUUGGUUUUGGAUUUCUUACAAAUCAUUAUAUAUUUUUCCAACCCCAAUAUUAUUUUCAAGUGAUCAUGAGCAAUAUGUGAAGAUUAAAUCGACAUGUGUAAACUUUGGUUUCUAUAUUCUUUCAUUCACUCCCUUAUGUAAUCUCUUUCUCUUUCUUUUUCAAUGCUUCUUUCUAUGGCACACAUAAUGUAGGGACAUUGGAUAAGAGCAACGGAUUUGAGGGCUUCUUAUUAGGCAUCACCGGAAAAUAAGUCCACCUAUCCAAUAUGAAGUUACCCUGCUGGCUGAAUUGUGUUGUGUGGAGUUCAUUCUAGGUGGUUUCAUUGUGGGAAUACUACUAUAUAGGAGUGUUUUUGGUAAAGAUUAUGAAGAGGAAUUUCAAUAGCAGAAUUGAGAAGCACCCAAGCAAGCGCCAUUAUCUCUUGCUUUUACUGGCUAUUGCUCAGAAGUCAGAUCCCAUUACUGUUUUGGCUAGACAAUGUUGGUGUUUAAAGUCACGCUUAUGGAGUUGUAAGGAUGAGGAAUUCUUUUGAUUUUCUAAGAUAAUACCAUGAGAAGUUUAUUUUCUAAACUCUUGGUUUGAAGGAGGCCUACAUUCUAUCGAAAAACCUACCCUAUUUGAUAUUCAGGUUUGUAAAAACUUGGUAUCAGAGCUAAUAAUGGCUUCAUCGUCUUUCAAUUCCGAACAGAAGCUUGAGCAUUUGGAGCCGAAGUUGUAUUCUGCAGUGGGUGACAUACAGAAGUUAUUUGCAGCCAUGAACUCUCCAUUUGAUCAGCUGAUGGAGCUGGGGAGGAAAAGAAGCCUGUGAAGCAAGCCAAGCCCA